UGAACGACGCGUGCGCAGUCACAUCGGUACAUAAAUAAUUUUAAAUUGAAUUCAUAACUGCGAAUUCUGUGUUAUUAAAUAAUAUCAGUGGACAAUGGUGAGCAAGAUAUAUAACGUGAAUGAUAAAGAUAGAAAAACUGGAAGCAAACACAAUCAAAUACUAAUGUCCAUAGUGGUGUGCAUGCCAAUACUGGCAUAUGGUACAGCAAUGGGCUGGAUUUCACCCAACAAAGCCCUGUUGAUGGGGGAAUCCUCACCCUCAGAAAGGCCCCUGACUGAAGAGGAAGUGUCCUGGAUGGCAUCCAUCAUGUUCAUAUUCGCACCUAUAGCUGUGUUCGUAUACGGGGUAGCAGCGGAUAAAUUUGGACGAAAAAAUGCUUUGCUCUGUGCAACUUUGCCGAUAUCUGUCGGUUGGGCUGUUAAACUGAUAUGUGCGCACCCUAUAGCGUUGAUAGCUGCGCGUGCGCUUAUAGGCUUCGGAUCAGGUGGAGGCUUUGUGGUAUGCCCUCUUUAUGUAAAGGAGAUCAGUGAGGACAGUAUACGAGGAAUGACUGGGACAUUUAUAAUAUUCUCACAGACAGUUGGAAAUCUGGUCGUCUUCAUCUUGGGUGACCUCUUGCCAUUUAAAACAGUAUUAUGGAUUCUGCUGGCAAUACCAUUGGUACACUUCUGUAUAUUGUUGCGGCUACCAGAGACGCCAUCGUAUCUGGUCAAAUGUGGGAAAAAUGAGGAAGCAGCCAAAGUGUUGGGUUGGCUACGAUCAUUUCCAAAUACAGACAAAUCUAUAAGUGACGAGGUGGAGCGACUGAUUAUUGAACAGAAUACAUCGGAGUUGAAGUUCUCACCUAAAUUGUUAUUUGCCGAUAAAACAGCCCUGAAGGCUUUUUGGGUAGCCCUCAUAGUGAACCUGACUCGAGAAUUCUGUGGGUGUAUAGCGGUCUUGGUCUACGCAAGUCAUAUUUUUGCUGAAGCUGGCAAGGAUCCCGAUUCCAGUAUUGCUUUAUCACCGAACAAGCAAUCGAUUUUGUUGGCUUCAGUGCAAAUAGUAGGAUCAUUUUUGGCCUGUCAGCUCGUAGAUAGAACUGGGAGAAAGCCACUACUAGCAGUAACAAGCGUGGUAGCUGGCGUCAGUAUGUGCAUUCUUGGGGUAUGGUUCUACCUACAAUGCAUCAGUGUUGCCCUUCCUGGCUGGCUGCCCAUAACUGCGCUAUGUUUUUGCAUAUUUGCAGACGCGUCUGGGUUACAACCUCUACCAUUCGUCAUUAUGACCGAGAUGUUUAGCUUUCAGCUUCGAGGCACAGUAGCAACAUUGAUAAUGGCGAUAUCACUGGGCACAGACUUCGCUCUGCUCAAAUUAUUCGCACCACUCAACAAUUGCAUAGGAUAUCAUUCAACUUUCUGGAUAUUUAGCUUUAUAUGCCUUGCUAACGUAUUUUAUUUGAUAUUAUGCGUUCCUGAGACCAAAAUGAGAAAUCUCGAAGACAUUUAUGCAGAUUUAGAGGGCAGAAGAAGAAAGAGAAAGAAAAAUGUUGUACCCAAUGUAUAGAUAUUUUAUGAUUUAGUUUUAGCCUAAACACAAUUGUAUAUCAAGAUAUUUUUUUACAUUAUACUGGGUAUAUAGACCGCUUCUAACCUCUAGAGUAUGUCCUUUGCAAACUCGGCCAGUAUUUCACGGCCAAUGAGCAGUGUUGACCUAGUGGCUUCAGCGUGCGACUCCCAUCUGAUAGGUUUGAUGCACCAAUGGACAAUCUAUGUGUUCAUUUAACAUUUGCUCAAUCAAUGAAGGAAAACAUUGCGACCAAACCGGUUGGCUUGCCACCAUCCAUCCAAAUAGUCGAAGGCGUGUGUCAGGUAUAGAAGGCUGAUCACCUUUUUGUCUAUUAGAUUGACAAAUGAUGAUGAUACAGAUUCAUAAGCCUCAGACCUAAAAAGCGUGUAGAGCAACUGAUUUGUUUUAUUUUAUGGCCGUGUAUUUUUUCAUAGAACAGGGAUCAAACCUUCAGGAGGCUCACCUUUAAGUGGACGCUCUCAAUGCCAUAGGGCAAGUGCGUGGUCGGCUUUUUUAGAAUUGGUACGCUCUUUACUUGAAGGACCCUAAGUAGGGAAUGCAAUCCCGACUCGAGAUCUCGUAUAGUUUAAAAAAAAUAAUUCACGUGACUGAAUACGAUGAAAACUGCAUGUUUGUGAU